GGGAGCUGUCAGUGUCAGGCACAGGAGAGAGGAAGUGAUCGCUUCGGAGGAGCGCAAGCCUAACAGUGCAGCGUGAGACAGCACAUCCUGCAGGCGCAGGCCCGCCGCUCUCCGUCCUCCCGUGCCUCCUCCACCGCCCCUGUGAUCCUCCACGGACAGCGUCCAGGCAGCAAAGAUGUCUGACAAGAGUGACCUGAAAGCUGAGUUGGAGCGCAAAAAGCAGCGCUUGGCCCAGAUAAGAGAGGAGAAGAAACGGAAGGAGGAAGAACGGAAAAGAAAAGAGGCAGAUAUGCAACAGAAGAAAGAGCCCGUUCAAGACGACUCCGAUCUGGAUCGCAAACGCCGAGAGACAGAAGCCUUGCUGCAAAGCAUUGGCAUAUCGCCGGAGCCCCCGCUAGUCCCAACCCCUAUGUCUCCCUCUUCGAAAUCAGUGAGCACUCCCAGUGACGCUGGAAGCCAAGACUCGGGCGAUUUGGGGCCAUUAACAAGAAGAAGACUGCAUAAGCUGGGUGUAUCAAAGGUCACACAGGUGGAUUUCCUGCCGAGGGAAGUAGUAUCCUACUCCAAGGAGACACAGACUCCUCUUGCGACUCAUCAGUCUGAAGAGGAUGAGGAAGAUGAGGAGAUGGUGGAACCCAAAAUCGGCCAGGACUCUGAGCUGGAAAAUCAAGACAAAAAGCAGGAAGUGAAGGAAGCGCCUCCAAGGGAGCUGACAGAGGAAGAAAAACAGCAGAUCCUGCACUCAGAGGAAUUCCUCAUCUUCUUUGACCGAACCAUCCGGGUGAUUGAAAGAGCACUCGCUGAGGAUUCUGACAUCUUUUUUGACUACAGCGGUCGCGAGCUGGAGGAGAAAGACGGGGAUGUCCAGGCUGGAGCCAACCUUUCCUUCUCUCGUCAGUUCUAUGAUGAACAUUGGUCCAAGCAUCGAGUGGUCACUUGUAUGGAUUGGUCUCUCCAGUACCCCGAGCUGAUGGUGGCUUCCUACAACAACAAUGAAGACGCUCCUCAUGAACCAGAUGGAGUGGCCUUGGUUUGGAACAUGAAGUUCAAGAAAACCACACCAGAGUAUGUCUUCCACUGUCAGUCCUCGGUGAUGUCAGUCUGCUUUGCCCGUUUUCAUCCGAAUUUGGUGGUUGGUGGCACCUAUUCAGGCCAGAUUGUCCUCUGGGACAAUCGCAGUCAUCGAAGGACCCCUGUCCAGCGGACGCCCUUGUCAGCUGCUGCACAUACACAUCCUGUGUACUGUGUCAAUGUUGUUGGGACCCAGAAUGCUCACAACCUCAUCACUGUCUCUACCGAUGGCAAAAUGUGUUCCUGGAGCCUGGACAUGCUCUCCACCCCACAGGAGAGCAUGGAGCUGGUGUACAAUAAGUCCAAGCCUGUCGCUGUUACGGGAAUGGCUUUCCCAACGGGGGACGUCAACAACUUCGUGGUCGGCAGUGAGGAAGGUACCGUCUACACAGCUUGUCGUCAUGGAAGCAAAGCAGGCAUAGGUGAGGUCUUUGAAGGUCACCAAGGGCCAGUGACAGGAAUUAACUGCCACAUGGCAGUGGGGCCCAUCGACUUUUCUCACCUGUUUGUCACAUCAUCAUUUGACUGGACCGUCAAACUGUGGACCACAAAGCACAACAAGCCGCUCUACUCCUUUGAAGACAAUGCAGACUAUGUGUACGAUGUCAUGUGGUCCCCUGUGCAUCCCGCGCUCUUUGCCUGCGUGGACGGGAUGGGGCGCUUGGACCUCUGGAACCUCAACAGUGACACCGAGGUGCCAACAGCAAGUGUGGCCAUUGAGGGGGCAUCUGCCCUAAACCGUGUCCGUUGGGCACAAGGUGGCAAGGAAGUUGCUGUUGGGGACUCAGAAGGCCGCAUUUGGAUCUACGAUGUUGGAGAGCUCGCGGUUCCCCACAAUGAUGAAUGGACUCGAUUUGCCCGGACCCUGGUGGAGAUCCGCGCCAACAGGGCUGACAGCGAGGAGGAAGGCGCUGUAGAGUUAGCUGCCUAGAUGUGAGACGCGCCUGCUCCCUGUGACCCCCAUCCUUCCCUGCCAGAACGCAGUCUGCAGUCAAGGCCUCCGUGCUGUGUUUGGUGUCCUCUCAGUAUCUAUCUCUGUGGCAUUUGGGGGGGCCAUACUGUGUGCAGUGUUACCCCAUAUAUUCCACACGUACCUACUCACCCAAAGUCCGCCAUACAUUUCUAUCUUGGUGUCUCUGUCUCAAAAAACAAAAGGGGGAGGGAACCCUUUAGGGGUUUAGUUGUUGCCUUUUAACUACUUGGUAGCUGUAUUUAAUAGCUGGAAACCUCUGGUUGAAUUUGUGCUUACAUGGACUUCUGGUACAGUCCUAUUAAAUCCAUAUGAAGCCAGAUAUGAUUGGGUGCAGAUGUGGCGUGCCUCAUGCUAUGGUACAGGGCCAAAGACUCGAGAUGUGGUGUUUUACAUGGUGAUUCACAUUAUGAAUGGAUUUACUACAAGAACAUUGCUGCUCCUUAUUUAUUGUAAUGUGCUGCAUGGAACAUAUUUAUUUGAAAGCAUUAAAAUAAACGAUCUUCGAGCAUGUGGGUAAUGAGAGGCCUGUAUUUGCUCUGCUGCUGCUGAGGUUACACUAAGUUCCAAAUAACAAUUACAGUAUGCCAGUUCCACUGAGAACACGGAGUCUUUAGAGGUUUGCUGCAGUGAACGGAAUGAAUUUUAAUGCCUAUUAUUUCUAGGUACUUUAACAAUAUUUCAAAUAUAGUUGGCCAUUGAUACUUACCAUUCAAGCUAACACAACCUUCCACAAAAGUCUGUGAUUCCAAAAUAUGACACAAGUAUUAUCAAUAAAAUGUUCCAAAUCAGGUCUGUAUCCCUGUGGGUAAGUGUUUUUUGCUUAGUGGAAAACCUGACAGGAAGUUUGCUUUGACAGGGGUUGGAGCAAUGCAUGAGGACCAUGUCAAAGAUUAAACAUGACCUGUUAGGCGGCCAACCCGGUGGGCUUAAAUCAAGACUCUUCAUUUUGGUUUUAUAAGGCUACAUGUGUGUAUGACUUGGUUGCUGUUGUUGUUUUUAUUGUUGUUGUUCUGGUUUUAGGAGGUAGACACUCCCUUGGCUCUGUCACCAAAGCCGCCAUGUUUACAAACAAUGUUAAAUGGGAGAAGAGGAAAGGACAGCUUGAGGUGAACAAGUGCUGUAUGUUCUUGAAAUGCGCGUGUUUAAAUUCCCACUAGAAAUUAUGUUA